UGGGGCCCCCGGGCAAUAGGGGAUCAUGGGGCCCCUGUGUCCUUGCCCAAACUCAUAAAAGCCUAUGAAAAAGGUACCAGGGGCAUCUCAUGGGGCCCCCUACUAACCCCGGGCCCUCGAGCAACAUUAAAGAAUCCCAGAGUGGCAAAGGAAAAGAAUCCAGGAGCAAACCAGAAACCAGGGGCGGACUGACAACUCAUGGGGCCCCCAGGCAAUAGGGGAUCAUGGGGCCCCUGUGUCCUUGCCCAAACUCAAAAAAAAAAGCCUAUGAAAAAGGUACCAGGGGCAUCUCAUGGGGCCCCCUACUGACCCCGGGCCCUCGGGCAGUGCCCGAGUUUCCAAAUGGUCAGUCCGCCCCUGCCAGAAACAAUCAUGUAUCACAGGAUAU